AUGAUGUCAAGGUUGGGAAGAAAACCACCCACGUUACAUAUUAGACGAGAAAGUAGAGAUAAGAGGCGGCAGGAACGACAACCCCCCCCCAGCAUUGGCCACUCACAAUACCAAAGCAGCAUCAUGCCUCAAGGAAUCAUUCAACCAAGUACAUCUGACCAACAAUUCCAAGGUAAAUCGGAUGGGUAUGAAUAUACAGUAGGGCCUAAACAGGUUAUUACAAGCGAGGCCUCUGCCGCUUAUGUGCCUUCCAAGAUAUAUGCUGAGUCUCUUCUUUUCAAAAAGCAAGAAGUUUCUUUAUCAGCAAUGGCUUUCUUGUUCCAAGAAAUGAUUUCACAUCUGCACAGAACGUGCAACUCUACAAGUGACUUUGAAACUAAAUUAAGUGAUUAUGGACAUAACAUUGGGAUUCGUCUCUUGGAAUUGCUAAAUUUCAGGGCAUCCGUCUCCCCAAGUUCCCUUUCCAGGACAUCUGCCUUCCUCUCACAAAACGAAUCCUCUUCAAAGUCACUAAAUGCAUCAAAUUCAUCAAACGUUUUGUCUAACGCCAAUACAACAACUUCAUCGUCUGCCAAUGACCGAUUUCAAGAAAAGCAAAUGGAAUCCUUAUCCAAUUAUAUCACGAAGAUGAGACGCCGCGAUUUGAAGAUCCUCGAUAUACUACAAUUCAUCCAUGGUACCUUAUGGUCAUAUCUUUUUAGCCACGUAAGUGACGAUUUAGUCAAGUCGUCAGAACGURACAAUGAGUACAUGAUAGUAGACAACUUCCCUAAUUUGACCCAAUUCAUUCCAGGUGAAGGUGUUUCUUGUGAGUACUUCGUUUGUGGUAUAAUCAAGGGAUUUCUUUUCAACGCUGGCUUCCCAUGUGGUGUAACGGCACACCGCAUGCCCCAAGAUGGGUAUAGUCAGCGCACCGUUUAUUUGAUUCAAUUCGAUAGACAAGUACUCCAAAGGGAAGGUUUAAGAUUUGGUUCGUAG